ACCGGGGUAACGGAGUUUUGAGGUUUUACGGAAUGUUGCCGGUGUAGCAGGAACUCCCGCCAUUUUUCAAUCGCCUACAAAGCUUCUUGUUUGUUUAUAUAAUCGACACGUCACUCAAAACGAUAUUUAUACGGUUUGCACUCGAUUGGGACGAGGAAGUUGUAUGUCGUUCUGGCCUGGACAAUCAAUUGCACACGGAGUUGAGUGGUAGAAGAAAGCCCGCCAUACCCGCGCUGACGGGCCGCCUCCGCUUCAGUCGCGUUUCGCGCGUUCACCCCGGUACUUCAGGAGCUUCCGUUGCGUUCACUCAUAGCACUUUUACAGCCACAUCACCAUGACCCAAUGGAAUCCUGCGAACCGAAGUUCACAGAAGACAUGUAACUGAUCCACAAAGCUACGUUUGUUUGGGUUUUAUUUAUACUCGCUUCACGAAAAAGUAAAGCGACGCGCGCUAGCCUAGCCCCGAUGCUACGCCGCUAAAACGCGGGGAUUUUACAGGAUAUUCAGUUCAAGCUGAGGUCGAAGAAGUAACGUUUCUGACAGACAGACCCAGUGCCGUAGAAACCCGCGAUGGCACCGUUGCUAGGACGAAGGCCAUUCCCGCUGGUAAAGCCACUGUCGGAGACGCCGGGCCCAGGAGAGGAUGUGUACAUCAUCGAGCACACUAAAGAGGCCUUCAAGAACAAAGAAGAGUAUGAGGCUCGGCUGCACAGAUACGCUGAGCGGAUAUGGACGUGCAAGAGCACCGGCAGCAGCCAGCUCACACACAAGGAAGCCUGGGAAGAAGAGCAGGAAGUCACUGAGCUGCUUCAGGAGGAGUAUCCGGCGUGGUUCGAGAAGCGUGUUUUGGAGAUUGUGCACCAUAACACAGUACCUCUUGAUAAGCUAGUUGAUCUGGCCUGGGUGGAGAUUCUCACGAAGUAUGCAGUGGAUGAGGAGUGUGACUUUCUGGUUGGCAAGGAUAAAACGUUGCCCGUGAAAGUGGUAAAGAUUCAUCCUCUGGAGACUCCACAAGAAGAACAUGCUGAGAAGAAAAUUGAAGGAGCUUGUGAUUCUCCAUCCAGUGAUAAAGAAAACACCAGUCAGGAGAACCUGAAGAAGGACCCACAGUCUACAGAAGAAGAGAACCGGAGAGAAAGUCUCUCUGAUAGGGCCCGUCGCUCACCCAGAAAGCUCCCCACCAGUAUGAAGGAAGAGAAGAAGAAGUGGGUGAUGCCCAAAUUUUUGCCCCACAAGUAUGACGUCAAACUCCUGAAUGAAGAUAAAGUAAUCAGCGAUGUCCCCUCAGACAGCCUGUUUAGAACAGAGCGGCCACCCAAUAAAGAAAUCAUGCGCUAUUUCAUUAGACACUAUGCCCUGAGGUUAGGCUCAGGUGAGAGCGCCCCCUGGGUGGUGGAGGAUGAACUUGUGAAAAAAUACAACCUGCCAAGCAAAUUCAGCGACUUUUUACUAGACCCACACAAGUUUUUGGCAGAAAAUCCUUCAUCGAAGAGAAAAAGCGUGUGCUCACCAGAAGGUAAAUCAAAUAAGAAGCUGAAAUCUGGGGAGUCUGGAUCCAACGGCGAGGUGGAGAAGAAAAAGACAAAAGACUCCCAAAACAUAUCGCUCAGUCCAACCCUCUGGGAUCAUAUGCAGGUGAAAAAAGUUAAUGGAUCUCCUUUAAAAAUGAAAAACUCAGGGACAUCAAAGAAAUCUGAUGAAAACAUUCUCAGCACUCCAAAAUCCAGCAAGAAGCAGGGAGACAAAAAACAAACCGACGCCAAAAAAAGCCGCAAGAGUGGAAUCACCAAGACCCCCAGCAGCCAGAAAUCCUCCAAAAAAGACGAGAGAACCUCGGGAAGCUCCAAGAAACCUAAAAUGAAGCAGAUGACCCUUUUAGAGCUUGCCAAAAGUCCAACUGCAGCAGCGAGCCCCAAAAAGAGAUCCAGAAGUUUAAGUACCGGAACCCCUAAGCUAGGCAAACCCUUGCCACCAAUGGCCUUACAUCUUCUUAGAUUCUACAAAGAAAAUAAAGGCAAAGAGGACAAAAAGACCACUCUGUCCUCACUGCUGUCCAAAGCAGCAAAAGCGCUGUCGGCUGAGGAUCGCGGACGGCUCCCCGAGGAGUUGAAGGAGAUGGUGCAGAAGCGAUGGGAGGUCCUCGAGCAGAAACGCAGAUGGGCGCUGAUGAGCGAAGAGGAGAAACAGGAUGUGCUUCGACAGAAGCGGCAGGAAGUGAAGCAGAAACUACGGGAAAAAGCAAAAGAACGACGAGAGAAGGAGAUGCAGGUGAAGAGGGAGAUGUCACGACGUUAUGAAGAUCAGGAGAUAGAGGGUAAGAACCUGCCUGCUUUCCGCUUGUUCGAUAUGCCUGAGGGCUUGCCCAACGCACUUUUUGGAGACAUAGCGAUGGUCGCCGAAUUCCUUCACUGCUAUUCCGGUCUCCUGAUGCCCGACGAUCAAUAUCCCAUCACGUCCAUCGCUCUAAUCGAGGCACUAGCCGGGGAGAAGGCAGGUUUUCUCUACCUGAACCGUGUGUUGGUGAUCUUGCUUCAGACUUUACUUCAGGACGAGCUGGCCGAAGGCUACAGCGAACUGGACAUGCCACUCUCCGAGAUUCCUCUCACCAUGCAUUCCGUGUCGGAGCUGGUACGCCUUUGUUUGCGCCCCUCAGACUCGCACGGAGAAGAAAGCAUCCCAAGUUCGGAGGACUGGCAGCCCGGUAGCGGCUACGAUGACGUGGUGAGCAGCGAGUUCCUGGAGAAGUUUGAGACAUCAGAGGUAUUUGAGCUUACGCCUCAGGAGAAGGUCAGCCUGCUGGUGGCGCUGUGCCAUCGCAUCCUCAUGACCUACUCUGUGGAGGAUCAUGUGGACGCCACGCAUCAACGAUCGGCCGAGCUGUGGAAGGAGCGGCUCGCCACGCUCAAAGAGGUCAACGACCGCAAGAAGGCAGAGAAGCAGAAACGCAAAGAGCAGAUGGAAGGCGGCGAACAAGGCAAGGCGGAGAAGAAGAAAGAGGCGAGCGUGAAGAAAGAGCCGCCUAAGAUUGCAAAAGUGGAACCGGAGACCGAAGACAUGAUUAGUACGGUGAAGAGCAGACGUCUGAUGGCGAUUCAAGCCAAGAAAGAGAAAGAAGAACAGGAACGGCAAAACAAAGAGCGUAUGGAGAAAGAGGCUGAGGAGGAGCGGAUCAGGAGGCAGAAAGCUGCUGCAGAGAAAGCGCUCCAGGAUGGGGUCACCAAAGCCAAACUGGUCAUGAGGAGAACGCCACUGGGCACAGACCGCAACCACAACCGAUACUGGCUGUUCUCUGAUGUGGUUCCUGGGCUGUACAUCGAGAAGGGCUGGGUACAUGAUAGUAUAGACUACUCCUUCACCCUACCUCCUGACGAGAACCCGGUGCCGUCUGAAGAAGAGGAAGAGGUAAAGAAAGAUGGGAAAGAGGUGCAGAAAGAUAAGGAAGAAGUGAAGAAAGAAGAGCAAGAAGAGGAAACUGAAGAUGGAGAGAAAGAGGAUGAGGGCAGCAUAGCUUCAAAUGAAAACGGUCACCAAGGGGCGCCAGUGCCUGAGACCUGCAUUGAGACCACUGUGCCCAAACAAGGACAAAACCUUUGGUUUGUGUGUGAUUCAACAAAAGAUCUAGAUGAACUAAUAGAGUGUCUUCACGCUCAGGGAGUGAGAGAAAGUGAACUCAAACUCAGGCUACAGGCCCACUACCAGGACAUCUUACACUCCAUCCAUCUCACGAAAAAGGGAAAUCCCGGUCUGAAGACCUGCGACGGACACCAGGAGCUGCUCAAAUUCCUGCGCAGUGACAUCAUCGAGGUGGCCUCCCGUCUACAGAAAGGAGGUCUGGGCUACAUGGACGACAUGUCUGCGUUUGAAGGGCGGGUGCGCGAGCUGGAGAAACUGCAGGACUUUGGCGAGUGUCUGAACACCCUGCAGGAGAGCGUCAUCAAAAAGUUUCUGCAGGGCUUUAUGGCACCCAAACAGAAAAAGAAAAAGAAGGUCGGGGGAGAGGAGAGCUCGACUGCGGUGGAGGAGGUUGAUGAUCAAAAGAGGUUGGCUGAGGAGGCCAGGGUUGCGACAGCUGUGGAGAAAUGGAAAUCUGCCGUGCUUGAAGCUCAGACAUUCUCCCGCAUGCAUGCGUUGCUCGGCAUGCUGGACGCCUGCAUCAAGUGGGACAUGUCUGCAGAAAACGCCCGCUGUAAAGUGUGCCGCAGGAAAGGAGAGGAUGAUAAGCUCAUUCUGUGUGAUGAAUGUAAUAAAGCUUUCCACCUGUUUUGCCUCCGCCCCGUGCUCCAUCGCAUACCGGCGGGUGAGUGGCUGUGCCCGGCCUGCCAACCCACCACCGCCCGACGCAGCUCCAGGGGCAGAAACUACAAAGAGGACAGCGAGGAGGACAACGACAAGGAGGAAGAGGAAGAAUCCGAGGAAGAGGAGGAAUCAGAAGAGGAGGAAUACAGAGACACGGGCCACAGCUUGAGGCCUAGGAAAAAGGCGAAGCAGUCUGUGAAGCCCAAAGUGCAGAGUAGAGCACCACAGAAAAAGAGUACACCUCCUAGUGCCAAACCUGCCACCAGAUCCACACCUAGAUCACGAGCAGACACGGAUGAGCUGAGUAAACCACAGCAGAAAAAUGGUUCGCCACUUAGCACCAAACCUGCAACCAGAUCGGCACCUAAACCACGAGGGGACAAAGAUGAGUCGAGUAAACCACCUCAGAAGAAUUCGCCCUCCAAACCAGUGUCUAAAUCACGUCCAGCGCCGGUUAACACCGCUGACAUCGAUGAGCUGGUCCGACAGAGCUCCAGGACUGGGGCUACGAAACAAUCAAUUGAGCUGGAGAAAUGUGAGGAGAUCCUUCUGAAGCUCACAAAAUUCCGACACAGCUGGCCCUUCAGGGAUCCGGUGUCUGCUGAGGAGGCUGAAGAUUAUCAAGACAUCAUCAGGUGCCCGAUGGACCUCACCACCAUGCAGAACAAGUUCAAAUCCUCUCAGUACCGCGGCGUCUCUGACUUCUUGGAGGACAUAAAGCUCAUCUUCUCCAAUGCAGAGGAGUACAACCAGCCCAGCAGCAACGUCCUCACCCUGAUGUCACGCACUGAGGAAGCUUUAAUGGAGCUUUUGCAGAAGAGCCUCCCAGGGGUCAGCUACCUACGUCGUCGAACUCGCAAACGCCUGGUCACUCGAUCCGAGGAGGAGGAGGACGACGAAGAAGAAGAGAAGAUACAGAACGGAAAGCAUACAAGAAGCAGACAGAAGGACGAUAAAGACUACUCCGGACGAAGGAAAACCAGGAACAGCAACGGCAAAGGAAAUGAAACGGAAAGCGAGGAAGACGACGAGGAGGUUGUUCAGAGAAAAAGCAAGCGGACAGUCCGGAAGGAUUAUCGGGAGCAGGACAGCGACAAUGAGAGGGACACCAGGAGAACCGGUGUGAGGCGGACGUCUCGAGGCGUAACGUACGAGAAGGACGCCAGCAGCGACGAGGACUCAGUCAACCAGCGACAUUCCAAGAGGCUAAAACGUUCAUGAAGACCCAGGGUGCUCUUUUGUGUUAUUUGUAUUUUUUAUCAUAUCUCCUCCCGCCCUGCAUAUGGGAUAGAGCCCCCGAUGUAGAUUAUUUCUGUUUAUUUGACUGUUCGAAGGUUUUUUGUUAAUAUUUAGGAGAAAACGGAUUUAUAUUUGUAAGUUGAUUAAAAACGGUGACACUUGAGAUCUGCUUUGAAAUUGAGCUGUCAUCUCUUUGAGCUCUUAAGACUUUUUUUAUUUAAAGUUUGACUUAGAAAACACAAAAAAUUUAAAACCACGAAUGAAUUGGGUUGUAAUGCCACCUAGCUGCUGUGUAAAACUUUGAUGGAUUGUUUAGCUCCAGAAGUUUCAAAACAACAUAAAUGUUCUAGAGCUCUUGAAAAAUACAACAGUGAUUUUGGAGGGCAAGAUUGAUAAACUCAAUGUCAGUGAAUCUGACUUUAUAUGUUAUUCGAAUCUGUGCGUUGUUUAAUUGGCACUAAAAACCCCCAUGGUGGUAUGAUGUUAAACUAAAAGUUUAUUUGUUGGAAUGUGCCACUUGUUUUUUUUUGUGACUUAAUUUUGAUUUCAUUUAGGUAGUGGCACAUUGCAAAAUUAUGGCCCUGUUUUUGAAUAAAAAAGUCUUGAAAAAGCUGGAGUAUUAGAGAUACUUUAUUAGCCUGUUGGGACCUUGAUGGAUUUUCUUUAUAAGCGGGUGAUCCUAUUACUAACCAAUAGGUGGCACUCUACAGCAGACCUAUUCUAAAGAUGUGUUGCUCUCACGAUUAAAGUUCCCUUUGUAGUUAAACUGACGUUUGAAUGUUAAAUCCCCACUAAAGACAUUUGCAGUGGUGAACCGAAUAAAACAAAAUUCACCAUCACUAAAAACUAAUAGAUGAACAUGUGCUUAAUCAUAAAGACACGCUUCUAUCCCAGUAUAUGAUGUGAUGUCCACAUGUGAGUUUAUUUUCAUUGAUCAAACAUGCCAUUUCUGUCCUUCCAAUUUACCGGAUGAUGAUGAUGAUAGUACACGUAGGUUUUUUGGUCCGUAGACACAGAAGCAGCCUCAUGGUAUAACGCAUGACUGUGUUGGUCCUCAACAGAUUUAAACGAUUUAAGGUUUCAGCUUGAAUCUCCUCAUUCUAAAUUUGUCUAACUAAAAUAGAGGAAAUGUCAUUUAUCAUAAACAUUCUUUGUGUAUUGGUUCGUAGUGUGCAUCAGUUUUCAUAGCACAAUUUUUGGGUAAACAUUUUCAUAAACUCUUGACAGCAUCUUCAUAUGACGGGUAGUUUUACAUUUCUUUCGGUUAGAAAACUACUGGUCAGAAUGUUUGUGGAAUGUCUCCCUGUGAUGCUGUGAAUUCAGGGGUUGAAUGGCGGAGUCUCACAGGUGUAAAUGCUUUCUUUCAGGUUGGCUAGUGAUGGGCAAAUACAGGUUUUUUUGUGUGUGUAUUUAUAGCUCUUGGACCUGGCAGGGAAACUCUAAACUUUAAGGACAUCUCUCCCAUUUUUUUACCUGCAGAAAUCCCGAGGUUUGUUUCCGGAAGUGUUUUCUUAUAAAGAUCCCUUUAUUGUCACUGCCAGUUGUAAAAUCUCCUGUUGUAUAAAGCGAGGGUGGGGUCUGGGAACUUUGGGGACAGAUUUUUUUCUUUAUGUAAUUUCUUUUUAAUAAAACGUUGUACACUGUUAAACAUUCGUCAUGGGCUUUACUUUCGUGGUUUCCAACCUGCAUGGUUUCUUUUACCUGACCCAUAGAAAAUAUUGAUACUUACCAAAGGUGUGUGUUAAGCAUAAGGUGGCUCCAAAAAAUACAAUACUGAUAAUGACUUUCAAGGUACUUAAAGGAACAGUUCAUCCAAAGAUUUAAAUUCUGUCAUUUCCUCGCCUUCAAGUUGUUCCAAAUCUGUAUAAAUUCUUUUAAAAAUACGUAGAAAGAUAUUUGGAAGAAUGCUUGUAACCAAAUAAUUAUUGGACCCCAUUGACUACCAUAGUAGGAAAAAAUCUUUAAAAUUUGCUCUGUGGAACACAACACAAGAUGUUUGGAAGAAUGUACUUCUGGGGCACUAUUGACUGCCAUUGUAUUUUUUUUACCAAAUAUCUUUCUGUUCAUCAGAACAAAGACAUUUAUACAGGUUUUGGAAAAACACAAGAGUGAGUAAUGAUGAGAGAAUUUUUACUUUUCGUGGAACUGUCCUUUUAAGUUUGCAUGGUACUGCCAAUGUAGUGUGGUCUGUCGCCUACGAGAUCUCAUAUAGGUUAGGAUGCUGCCAAUGUAGGUAGUGGUCCACUUACUUGAAAAAAGUCUUAAAUUUAUGAACAGUAAGGUCUGACGUGCCCAAGGCGCAGCUGUCAUAAUCCAAAGAGGUUUUUUGUCCUUUAUCCCAUGAAAGCCGUUUGUCUUAACCUCAGCCCCCUCAGCACCUCCUGUCCACGCGUAAUGGGGCUCUAAUCAUGAAAGAGCGAGAGAGGUACUCCUUUCAUUCUUUAAUUACACACACUGUUGUUUUUGUUGGACGUCUCGGGUGGCAGAAGGUAAUUGGCCUUCCUCACGUCGCCGCUCAGCCAGCCUGGCUCCAGACUUUCCACUGAGGACAGAGACUGGCCUUAAACCUGGGAUAGAAUAUUCUCAGUGUUUGGAAGAGAAGAAAACGUGAAGACAGAUGCGCCAAUGUAGAUAGUAGAAAGUGCAUGUAUAAAUUGUGGUUACGCACAGGAGGGAACAACGUGAGGCACUGAGAUGGAAAGGCGGAGAGCCGGUUGGGGUCAGGUAUUGAAGAAAGGGAACGUUCAGAGGAAAACAGCGACACAGUGUGUACUGAUGCCCAAACCUGCCAAUAUUCCUGAUUGAAUUAAAUGUUGACAUUGCCAGGUGAGGUCCUGUUUUAUUCUGGGAAGAGAACCUCGUUGAAACCACUUUAAUGUCAUUGUAGGUGCACCAGUGUCUCAGCGUAUUUCUUGAAAUAUCUUGUUUGAAAGGUCUUUGCCUCUGGGCGAAACUUCCAAUGUUUUAAGGCUAAAUUGUAUCUGACCAUGACUACUGAGUCUGACCUGCUUUUUCAUGUUUAACCCUUCAAGGUCCAGUGUGUAAUACAGAAAUGCAAUGUAACAUACAUUACUUUAUGUAAGGUCUUAAUACACCUCUUAACACAAUGAAGUGUUUUGUUUUUAUUACCUUAUAAAUAGUUAAUUCUAUCUACAUACACAGCGAGUCCUCGAAUUUGGCAUAAGAAGUGAAUUUGACAUAAGAAGUAAGGCAAAUCCUUCGCCAAAGAAGUGAAAUGUGACAACAUCUUAGUCCUGUGCCAGCCACCGUAGUGCUUCGAAAUCGAGAGGUGGAGAGAGCCAUUGAUUGCAAUUUGCAACCUCAUAACUAGAUGGCGAUAAAUUCACAUACCUGUACUUUAAAAUUACUACAAAAUGUCUGAUUUAAAAUCAUUACAAAUUGACAACUGUCCCGAAAUGUUCAUCUGAAUAAUGUCCACCUUUUUUUAAAUUGGAAGACAGUACACAGAAUUGUGAGACAGUAUUGGGUAAAUUGUGAUGAAAGCCACAUGCAUUCUAAAUAUAGCUAAAUAUAACAAAGUGAGCUUGUGUCUGUUGUAGUUGUUUGAACUGGGUUUGGUUGAGAAGCAUAUUAUUAUCCAGAUCAUGUUUUAAUGGAGACAGAACUCAGUAUUGUGUGUGUGUCUGCCUCCCAGUUGAGAGGAAUUAAAGAUGAAGACAUCAAAGUGCGCGACAUUAGAAACGAAUCUCUACCCACACACACAAAGCAGCACAAUCGUGGCAUUAAAGAAACAGGGCAGAAGCAGCUGUCUAGUAGGAAAAGGGAGGAUUUCUGUGCACAUCUAACCCCGUGUAACAGAGACCUUCCAGUUCCAGCGUGUGGGUGGGUGAGAAUGAGUGAUUUUUGUGUUCUCAUAAAGGUAUUUGUUUGCCUAGGCAAAUUUUUGUUUCGGUGAAUAGUGGGCUUGUGCUUCUCGUGAGUGUGAAUUAGUGUGUGUUAAGGAACAGUAAGGGACCUGCUGGAUCAUAAAAGAGUCUGAAUGGUUGAGGGGCAUGUAAUUCAUUACAGAUGUGAAGGUAAUCUUACCCAGACAGGUCUGAUGGCUGCUGCCGCUCCAGCACUAUCAGACCCGACCUGCACACCGCUGCACCACGGCCAGACUGAGACAAAGCAGCUCUGUAGAGCCAACUUUAAAACAGCACCUCACUUCACCACCACAAGUUUCAAAAUGAAUUUAAUGAUGUGCAAAUUGACAUAUUUUUUGAAGAAUGCAAAAAAUGUGUCUCAUGUAAAGAUCACUUAAGAUCAGGUCUGGUGGACGUACAGGACCUCUUUGUUAGUUGGCUACUCAUUUAAGAUAAAGUGAACAACUGGUUGAUCAUUCUGACUCACUUCUAUGUGAUUUUUCAAAAAUGAUUUUAUUCUAAGGACCAAUAUUAUAAAUAUAUAAUCGUGUAGUUUAAUAUUACUGUAUUAAAGAUUAUUAAGGUUCUAAAAUGCUGAUUGCUGAAUACAGAGUUCCAACUGUAAAAUUAUGUUGUAAUGAAAAUCACCUGUUUGUUUUGAAAAAAAUGUACACUGUGAAAAAGGUCUCUCUUUUUAUUAAAUUGAACAUUUCCGAUAUUUUUUUAAGUUUGGUGUAAAAUGAGAUGAAAAUCAUGUUUUACUUUACUUUACAUUUUUUCUAAAGGGUUCCAGAGAAAGGAUCUUGGAUGUUAAAGUCUCUUUGUUUUCGCAAAAUUUGAAAAAGUAAAAAAGUUAUUUUGACUUUGAAAAGAAAGGUUGAAAGAAACCUUUGAGUAAAGAACCGUCUUUGGUUACCCAAAGAACCAUUUAAUGGCAUUGCUGUGACAAACCAUAUAUACAACUUAUAAGGUGCCAUAAAGGUAAUUUAUGGAACCAUUCAGCCCAAAAUUGUUCUUUACCACUAAAGUAAAGAACCAGAGAACCAGUAACCUUAGAACCUUAGAAUGUUUCUGUUGGACAAAAGUUGCAUUUUAAUAGAAUGGUUUCAUUAGGCGAUAAAAAUGUAGGAAAGACAUGAUCAUUUCUCUCCUUCUUAUUUGUGGAUGUUUGCUCGGUGGCUUUUGGUCGGGGUCACUGAGUGCAGCUGUGACACGUCAGAGGGGAUCUGGCCCUCCUGGCUGAGCCUGGUUCUCCCGAGGUUUUUUUCUCUCCAUUAAUCAAUCAUUGGAGUUUGUAAAAUCCUCGCCACAGCAGGGCAGUGUUGGCUUGCUCACAGAGAAACUGCAUUUUAUUUUGAUAUUAUUUAUUAGAAUGAUCUUGCUUGUUCUAUAAACACCAUGCACUGUGCUGUGUUUUACCUUUCUGUGAUUUUCUUAUUUGCUCCUGUAAAGCUGCUUUGGAACAAUGCACAUUGUGAAAAGCACUAUAUAAAUAAACUUAAAUUGAAUUAA